UCCCACUUGGUUAGGCUCGCCGUCGGACGCCGUCCACCGUUGUUUGGCCUGCGUGGUUGCUGUCUAGCAGGAAGUCAUUGGCGCCCAAAAAAUUCUCCCUCUCGUCUGUUCCUUUUUUGUGUUUUUCUCUUCAAUUAUCUUGGAAGAUUCUCGAAGCUCAAUUAAAUCGGCAUGGGUAGAAGUUACAAUAGUGAAUCCAGUGAAGAGCAUGUGAAGGAUGAGAGAGAUAGAUAUCGAUAUCAUAGUAGACAUAGACGGGAUAGGACCUAUGAUCGUGAAAGUGGUCAUAGACACCAUCGCACCAAGGACAGACAUAAAAGCAAAGAUCGCCAUGGGCAUCAUGAUUCAGAGGAUGAAAUUGACAGGAAAUCAGAAAGAGAUAGAGAUAGGAAGAACAGAAUCACUAAGGGCAGUGACAGGGAGAAGCACCGUAGGGAUAAGUAUGAGAGCAAGCAACAAGAAGAUAAUAGGAUGAAAGAGGAUGGACAUGGAAGGUUAGAUGGGGAUUCAAAACCUCAAAGACAAUCAACAACUCAGGAAGGGGAUCUCAAUGGCGAUAGAUCUAAUUUGGGUAGAAGUGGAGGAGUUUACAUCCCUCCUUUUAAGUUGGCUCGCAUGAUGAAAGAAGUUCAAGACAAAAGCAGUGUUGAAUAUCAGCGGUUAACAUGGGAUGCUCUUAGAAAGAGUAUUAAUGGACUUGUGAACAAGGUUAAUGCUGCUAAUAUAAAAAAUAUAAUUCCGGAACUAUUUUCAGAGAAUUUAAUAAGAGGGAGAGGCUUGUUUUGCCGCUCAUGUAUGAAGUCUCAAAUGGCUUCUCCGGGUUUUACGGAUGUUUUUGCUGCAUUGGUUGCUGUUGUGAACACCAAAUUUCCUGAGGUGGGUGAUCUUUUGCUGAGAAGAAUUGUUUUGCAGCUUAAGAGAGCUUAUAAGCGAAAUGACAAGCCUCAAUUACUAGCUGCAGUCAAGUUUAUCGCGCAUCUGGUAAACCAGCAAGUGGCUCAUGAGAUUGUUGCUCUAGAGUUACUUACAGUUUUACUAGAGAAGCCUACUGACGACAGUGUUGAAGUAGCUGUUGGUUUUGUAACAGAGUGUGGGUCAAAAUUGCAGGAUGUCUCGCCUAGAGGCCUUCAUGGCAUCUUUGAGCGUUUUCGCGGAAUUCUUCAUGAAGGAGAGAUUGACAAACGUGUUCAGUUCUUAAUUGAAGGCCUAUUUGCAAUUCGAAAGGCUCAGUUUCAGGGCUAUCCAGCUAUCCGUCCUGAAUUAGACCUUGUGGAGGAGGAAGACCAGUUAACGCAUGAAGUCUCCUUGGAUGAGGAAAUAGAUCCCGAGACUUCUCUUGAUAUAUUCAAGCCAGAUCCAAAUUUCCCGGAGAACGAGAAGCGUUAUGAAGAGUUGAAGAAAACAAUACUGGGUGAGGAAUCCGAGGACGAAGAAGGCUCUAAUGCAGAGUCAGAUGAUGAUGAAGAUGAUGAUGAAGAAGAAGAUGAUGAUGAAGAAGAAGAGGAGCAGAUGAAAAUAAGAGAUGAGACAGAGACAAACCUUAUCAAUCUUAGAAGAACAAUAUACUUAACAAUUAUGUCCAGUGUAGAUUUUGAGGAAGCUGGUCAUAAGCUUUUGAAAAUCAAGCUAGAGCCCGGUCAGGAGAUGGAACUGUGCAUUAUGCUUUUGGAAUGUUGCAGCCAAGAGAGAACUUACCUUCGGUAUUAUGGUCUUCUUGGGCAGCGAUUCUGCAUGAUCAACAAAGUCUACCAAGAAAAUUUUGACAAGUGUUUCGUUCAACAAUAUUCAAUGAUCCACCGCCUGGAAACAAAUAAAUUGCGCAAUGUGGCAAAGUUUUUUGCUCAUUUACUGGGGACUGACGCGUUACCCUGGCACGUUUUAUCAUAUAUACGGUUAACUGAAGACGACACCACUUCUUCUUCCCGUAUAUUCAUUAAGAUUCUCUUCCAGGAAUUGUCCGAACAUCUUGGCAUCCGGCUUCUAAAUGAGCGGCUGAAUGAUCCAACAGUGCAAGAAAAUUUUGAAUCCAUAUUUCCAAGAGAUAAUCCGAAAAACACAAGGUUUGCCAUUAACUUCUUCACAUCCAUUGGGCUUGGUGGCCUUACUGAGAACCUGCGAGAGUAUUUGAAGAACAUGCCUCGACUUAUCAUGCAACAGCAGAAACCAGUCUCUGAUUCAGAGUCAGACGAUGAGUCUGGGAGUUCUGAUUCAGAUUCGGGAUCCGCUAGUUCUGAGUCCAAGUCCGAGUCCGAGUCGCUCGUCCAUUCUGAUGAGAGCGACAAGAGGCGAAGAAAGAGGAGGAGAAGGUGAAGUGGCUAUGUGCUGGUAAGGGGGUGCAGGGCAUAGGUUUAGCCGUGAGUCCCGUGUAUUACACGGUUACGAGUGGUGCAACUUGUUGUAGAUUUUUAAUGUUAAAUAUUGUGUCUCCAAAUGUACCCCGCUAAUUUUGUUCGUCAUUUGUUUUAUGAAAAUUCAAUUGAAUGAUACUACUUUUAUCCUAUUUAUGAGUUAGUUGUAGAGAGAAAGUUUGCUCCUAAAUAUAA